AUGCCGGGCGCCGCCGCCCAGCUCCCCCGCCCGCAGGGCCGCGCCCGGGCCGCGCCCCAGGAGCGGCGGCGGAGGGUGGCCCCGCUGGACGCGGCCCCGCCGGCCCGAGCCGGGGACGAGCCGCUCCUCAGGGGCAUCUUCGAGAUCGGCAAGAGGAGCUGCGAUGUGGUUCUGAGCGCCCGGCGGCUCCGCUGGAGCCCCAUCCUGCCCGAGAGCCCCACAGGUGAUUCCAGUGUUGCUCUACAAGCUCAAGAGGAGAUUAUUGAAAUGAAAGAUGUAUUUUCAGUUAAACUGAAACGUCGUCGUUUUGCAGGGCAGAAAAAGGGUGGUACCCUGUUGGGUAUCACAAUUUUUAAAUGCUUGAAUAAAGAAGAGAAUAAGCUUACAGACUGUGCUGUCCAUUUAAAUAACUUAAGUGAAGAUCAUUGUCAGUCAUGGUUUAGACAUCUGAAGGAAAUUUUGAAUGGCUUUCAAAACAGGCCUAAAUCCUUGAAAGUGUUUGUUAAUCCAAGCAGCCACAAAAGAGAAGCCACUCACAUUUAUUAUGAAAAAGUUGCACCUCUUUUUAAACUUGCUGACAUAAAAACUGAUGUCACAGUAACUGAAUAUGAAGGACAUGCUCUCUCAGUACUUAAAGAAUUUGAACUGCAGGCAUUUGAUGGGGUAGUUUGUGUUGGUGGAGAUGGAUCUGUCAGUGAAGUUGCUCAUGGGCUACUACUCAGAGCCCAGAUAGAUGCUGGGAAAGAUGCAGACUAUGUAUCAAAGCCUGUCAGAGCACCGGUUCCUCUUGGAGUAAUACCAGCAGGUACUACAAAUGUUUUGGCUCAUACACUCUAUGGUAUUAAACAUGCAGUGACAGCAACAUUGCACAUUGUAAUGGGACACAUUCAAGCAGUGGAUGUGUGCACUUUCAGCACUCCAAGCAAGCUGCUGCGCUUUGGGUUCUCGGCCAUGUUUGGGUUUGGGGCGAGGACUUUGGCUUUGGCCGAGAAGCACCGCUGGAUGCCCUCCAGUCAGAGGAAGGAUUUUGCUUUCAUCAAAACACUGGCAGAUCUCAAGCCAGAGGAAUGUGAAUUAUCAUUUCUCCCUCUACAAAUUCUGCAGGAAGACUCUCAUGAGAAGGACAGAAAGAAAAAAGAGAGAACGAAAAAAGGUAGCAAGGAUCAAUGGCAGAGAAUUCAGGGUCACUUCCUGAAUGUGAGCAUUAUGGCAAUCCCUUGUCUGUGUUCAAUGGCACCAAGAGGCUUGGCACCUAAUACGAGGUUGAAUAAUGGAAGCAUGGCUCUUAUUGUUGUACAAAAUACUUCUCGAACAGAGUUUAUAAAGCAUCUGAAAAGAUACACCAGUGCAAAAAACCAGUUCAAUUUUCCCUUUGUUGAGACCUACACGGUUCGAGAAGUAAAAGUACAGCCAAGGCUUAAAAGUGGACCUGAUGCCAGGGAAAACGUGUGUCUGAAUGCAGAAGGAAACCACCCUUGGAAUAUAGAUGGAGACUUAAUGAAGGGAGCAUCAGAAGUGCACGUUCGGGUGCAUCCUCAACUUAUUGAUCUCUAUGGAGUGAACACUGAUGACUUGGAGAGUUCCCCAGCGACGUGCAACUGCAUAUAGAAGGUACACACUGGAAAUUCUGUAAUAAAGAAUCCUGUUCUCACCCCUAUGCACAAUUUUCCAAGGUCUGGACUUGUACUGGUGUCAGCUGUAGCAGAAGCUUAACUGGGGUGUUCAUUCUAUUUCUGGGUUUAAAUUCUUACUAAAUUAUAUAUUUUUAUCAGGUUCUAUCUAACGGUAUCAAAGCUGUUAGGCUUUAAUGAGAAAAUGUGAAAAUUGAUUAUAUUGGUCUCUUAAAAAUCUGGGGUUUGAGAAGUGUCCAUCAGAAUAGAAGAAUUUUUUUUUUUUCAUUAGUCUAGAUUUUUUAGGAUGAGAUACUUCUUAGUCUGCUGCUGCUAUCCAUGUUGUCAGUAACUCAGUUCAGCACAGGGAAGAACAAUACCUCUAUUCACCAGCUCUAUCUGAAGAGUGGUGGCAAAAUAAAAAUGGAUGCAUUUAUUUUUCAAUCAAGUACUUCUAUUUUUGUUAUGAUUUUUAAUGUUGCCUUAAUAUAUUUACUCUCAAAAUGGUUCUAGUCAAAUAAUAUAAAAGAAUAUGCUUAUGUCCUAUGUGGCAUUACUUUGUUAAAACGUAUUUUAAAAACACUCUUUGUAUAAAAUUAGUAUUUUCUCUGUCUUAGAACUGAAAUAUUAUUCGGCAUUGUUUUGUUGUUGCUGAGACUAAAGUUGUGAUAAAUCACUUAAGAGUUAAUUUUUUAUAAUUUCCUUGUAGGGCAUAAAUAUAAUUUUUGGUAAUUUACUUAAUAUUGAAGAAAAUUAUUUCACAGGACAGGGAAUUAGGACUGUAUUUUUUCUGGUAACUGCCUUCCUUUGAGAUGAAAAGUAGCAGACCAUGCAUAACAAAUGUUUUCCUGGUCACUCCUCUAGGAGCGGUUCAGAAGCAGUGCACAAAUAGUGGUGCGAGAGCUUCACUGUGUCAGUUGUCAGUAAGUUUUAGGUGCUUUCUUCAGGAAGCAUCCAGUGCAACGUGAAAUCCAGUCCUUGUACGAUGUGGCUAAAGGGCUUAAGCCUUUACAAGGGAUCUAUAGCUACUAUUAUUUCCAAUAGUUGUAGAAAUUCUUACCUGUGCUAAAUACAGAGGACUAAGUACUGCAGAUGAGGAUCUGGCUCCUAAACUGUUACCUGAUGUCCAAGUCAGGGAGCAGUCUCCACUUAAAAUUCAUACUCUAUCCCAUCAAAUAUUUUUAAUAUGGUAAGGCAAUUCAAACUAAGCAUCUUUAAGUUGUCCAAAAAGGCAUUCCAGCAACAUUUAGUAGAUUUAACUGUUAUUUAUUAAAU